AUGCCGAACCGGCCUAAGUUGGAUCAGUUUGAUAUUCGACAUGUGGAUCGUCGGGAGCUAUACACGGACUUCAAGAAGCGCAUCGCAUAUUUGAAGGCGUUCCUAAAUCUAGUGGAAGAUGAUAUAAUCGUCUUCAACAAAGGCGCCAAGUACCUGAAGACGGCGAUCCCCGACCUCACGCAUCGCCUGUAUUCCAAAAUGCUCGAGUUUGACAUCACAGCCCGCGCGUUGCGGACUCGCAACACCGCCUGCCACGCGCACGUGGAGGAUCUCUUCACGAUCGACAGUCCGCACGUCGAGCGCCGCAAGAUCUUCUGGAAAUGGUAUCUGACCCGGCUAUGCAACGACCCAAGCCAGAUGGAGUACUGGGAGUACUUGGAGAAGGUAGGGAGGAUGCACACCGGUAAAGAACUGCUGCACCCGUUGAACAUCGAAUACAUCCACAUGAACGCCUGCCUCCGGUACGUGGAAGACGCGCUGAUCGAGUGGGUCUCGCUGCACCCGGAGAUGACCGUCCGCUUCAAGUUCGCCCUGAUCCGCGCCCUGAACAAGAUCAUGUGCAUCCAGAACGACCUGAUCUCGAAAUGCUACAUCCCCGCCGGGCAGGAGUAUGAAGAGGGGUCCGAGGAAGGCGGGCCGACCACCACGACAACGAUACCAACGGCGGAUGACCCCCGCCGACCGAGCGUGGACACGAUGGCCUCCUCGCCAUCCUCACAUUUCCGGCCCCGCGCCGAAUCCCAGGCCACCACCGGCACGACCGCCUCCAAGACCGCGAGCAGCAUCCGCAGCGCCGAGACCCAGCUUUCCGUCCCGGACAGUCCAUAUCUGCCCCAUCAUCCGAGCUGUCUAACCCCGGGGUUGGUGUCGAGGCCGACCUCCUCGGCGGGCGAGUCUUUGAGCGCGAAGAGCAUGACGGCGACGACGACGACGACGACGAAUAGCCAGAUUGAUCUGCUGGCUCGCGCGAGCCCCUCCACGACCACCACGACCACCACCUCCGCGACAAUAGACUCACGUAGUCAUUACCCGACCACCCCGCCCUCCACGUCCUCGAGUAGCAGUCUGCGUCCGGCGCCGACGAAUCUCUGGCGCAAUUCGAUGAUCGGACUCGUGGCGCCGUUGACGGUGGAGUCGUUGCAGACGCUGGAGACGAAGAUUUGGUCGGAGAGGAGUUGA